ACUAUAAUACAGCGUAUAUCAAGGGCACACUGAUCAACGAGUGAACAGUUUCCAAUAGUUAGGGUGAAUAAGGCUGAAUAUGUAUCGUUGUUGCCGAGCUGGAAUAGCAGAUAUAUCUUGUGCAUUGCGGUGGUUUAAGCGAGCUUCCAUGACAGCGCCAUGUCGAAGGAUAUACCGGGGUAAAGGCGGCGGUAUAAGUGUGUUUACGACACCUCUUUGUGCGGAUGUUUUCGUGGCUUCUUUACACGAAGAGGAGCGCUUCCUGCUUCGAGAAGCGCUGAGAAUUCAUGAUCAAGAUAUAGGAAACAAAAGCACAGCUCCUCCUUCAGUGAAACAAUUGAGACUAGUUGCCUUCCAUAAUGCGAUUCCAUUUGUUGGGUUUGGAUUCUUAGAUAACGCCAUCAUGAUCAUAGCAGGAGAAUACAUAGAUUUAACAAUUGGAAUGACUCUAGGGAUUUCAACAAUGGCAGCUGCUGCUCUUGGUAACAUUGUGUCUGAUGUCUCUGGAAUAGGCCUCGCUCAUUAUGUUGAAGCAGCAACAAAUAGACUGGGAUACGAAAGCCCUAACCUCAGUUCAAAACAAACAGAAAUGCCACGGACGAGAUUUGUAACAAACAUGGGAAGAGCUUUGGGAAUUGUUGUAGGAUGUUUCAUUGGUAUGUUUCCACUGCUCUUUUAUAGAAGCAAAGAAGAACAUGAAGAAAUACCUGUUAGCAGUAAAAGCUAGCAGUGAAAUAACUGUCAAUCAUGAUUAUUAUGCUGUCGUUAUUUUUAAAACUCCCAUAAUAUAUGCCAGUACCGGUAAUUAAUGGCUGCUUCUCCAUGAUGGCUCUUACUACCAACUAAAUUUUCUUAAAUUAUGACCCCAUGCAGCUGUUCGGUAGUGGCAUUUUUUACCAUUCAAAAUAAAACCCAUAUCUUCGUGUCACCAUGCAAUAUCCUCUAUAUAUUAUUUUUUACAUGUAAGGUGGCACGCAUAGAAAUAAUUUUAAGUGGCAUAAGUCUAUUUGUUAAAUAAGCCACUUAAUUUUAAAAUAUUUUAGAACAACAGUCAAAGAACUUGUAUUAAAAUCACUCGCCUGUGAGUUGUUUUUUUUUUUGUACAAUCUUCAUUAUCCAGCAUGGCUUAUUCUUACUCGUUGUACUUUGCAUACCAAUGUAAAAUAUCUUUUUAUCCUGUGAUAUUUUCAAGUGGGAUUAUUUGAGCUCUGUAGGGAAAUGUCUCCUUUUAUUUGUGUCAAAUUGCAUUUAUCAUUUUGGCGACUGUUUUACAUGUUUUAUCUUGUACAAGCAAUGUUGGUUGUGGCACAAGUCCUGUAACUUUCUUCUCCCCUGUCCGUUUCGUAUCGCGUGAAAUGAAUCCAGCAAUGUCAGAAUAUUCUAGAACUGUCCGAACAGCUGGAAAGAGGCUGAACCGAGCCUUGAAAAUGCUGAGCAAUUACCACUGGUCCUUAUUCUUAGAGAGCCUGAUGUAGUGAGCGUCUUGCAUGUUCAACUGCAAAAUGCAUAAUUAUGCAAAGUUUCACUAGGUUCGAUUUCUACAUUCCUCACCGAAAAGAGUUCCGGGGGAAGAAGUGCGGGCUACUUUCGUGAACAACGGCUGGCAAUCGAGUCUAACAAUUCAAAAUUACUUUUACGUGGUGAGGGAAAAACGUAAUGAUAAUAAAUUAUUAUACAACCGUAAAUAUACUUGUUUGGUUCUGUAUAGUAUUCAUGUACAGUGGAACACCGUUAAAGGGACAUGAUAACCUAAUGUUACUGCAUUUUUUAUCAAAACGGUAGUGAAUUAUGACUGACUACCUUCGCUCGUACUUGACUUUGACUUGUAUCCAUGAUCCCCCGGUUGGAGGGGGGGAGGUGGGGGGUAAUAGGCGGAAAUUCUUCUGCGCCAUGUCACUCGGUCACGCGCACUGAACCACUGCUUCCUCGCUCCAUGACGUAGAACCCAGGACCUUCGCUCGUACACGAAGCCGAAGCGAGAACAAACUGUGAUUGGAUUUUUGCGAUUAUUUUGAUAGCCGUCGACAAAAGUUGCAAAGUUCUGACACAACCUUGUGGGUGCUGUGUAAGUGAAUUUGACCCAUGAUAUUUAUAUUGCCCUUUUAUAGCUCUGGUACACAUAUAGUAAUUUUUGGCAAAACUACAUCAUUACAUUUAGGUUUCUGUCAAUGAAAUUCGUCUUGUUAGGUUUCAACUUUUUGACUUCAUUAAACUCUUUAGUUCCUUGUCUUCGUGUGGAGACUAGGGCCGGAAAUAGGCCAUUUCCGAGUUACCUUGUGCCUCUGUUUCAAAACGAGUCUUCGUGCAAAACCUUUCACACGAA